AUGAAUCCAUCUUAUAGCGAUGUUGUGCUAUUAGUUCAAUUUUCUCGUAAAAUAGAAAGCAGAACUUUUGUUGAAUAUAAUUCUCUAAAAUUAGCUUUAAAUGGAAUUUGUCAAUUAUAUGAGCAAGCUAUAAAAGAAAAUGAUCCUUCAGUUCAAAGAAUAACAUAUAAUAUGAAUGAUUUAUUUUUAUAUAUUGAUAACAUACAAAAAAUGACUUUAUUAUUAUUUCAUCAACCUACAUGGACAUAUAAACCUCAUGAUAAAAAGUGGAUAAAACAAAAGCUGGUUGAACAUAUUAAAGAUCAAAUUGGUAAAUGA